AUGAGGCUGCAACAAAAGGCAGCAAGGAGCCCUCUUCAAUCCAAAAAGAGGGGGAAACGAAUAAAAAACCCAGCAAUUUCAGCUGCUGAAAUUCCCCCAGAAGUUACAACAUCAGGUCAGCAUUCUACUCAGCUCCACAUCAACAUACCAUUAGUGGAAGCUUUGGAGAAAAUGCUAACUUAUGUAAAGUUUGUGAAGGAUAUUUUGAUAAAGAAAAUGAGGCUUGGCGAGUUUGAAACAGUUGCUUUGACAGAGGGUUGUAGUGCUAUGUUGAAAAGUGAAAUUCCACCUAAAUUGAAUGAUCUGGGCAACUUUACAAUUCCAAUUUCUAUUGGGGGUCGAGAUGUUGGAAGAGCUCUUUGUGAUUUGGGAGCUAGUAUUAAUCUCAUGUCUAUGUCUAUUUUUAGGAAGUUGGGAAUUGGAGAAGCAAGACCAACCACCGUCACUUUGCAAUUAGCGGAUCGUUCCAUGGCUCAUCCGGAGGGAAAAAUUGAAGAUGUGUUUGUACAAGUUGAUAAGUUCAUUUUUCCGGCCGAUUUCAUUAGUCUUGAUUAUGAAGUCGAUAGAGAAGUUCCUAUUAUUUUGGGGCGGCCAUUCCUUGCGACCGGGAGAACCUUGAUUGAUGUGCGAAAUGGGCAACUCACUAUGAGAGUGAAUGAUCAAAAAGUCACUUUUAAUGUGUUCAAUGCUAUGAGAUUUCUGGAUGAGAUUGAAGAAUGCUCCCGUUUGAGUGUAAUUGAUUCUAUUGUGGCUGAAAAAUUUCACAAGGAAGUGUGGAAAGAUGAAAGGUUAAUAAGUUCUCUUGAAGAGCUUGAAGCUAUGAGUGACGAUGAAGAAACCCAAGUUGCUUAG